GGAAGCAGCUGGGGCUCAGAUCUCCCCUAACUCUGAGGAUGGCGGUCAAGGCACCCCGAACCCUCCAGGGAACCCUCCUCCUGGUGCUCUCAGGAGCCCUGGCCCUGACCAGGACCUGGGCGGGCUCCCACUCCCUGAGGUAUUUCGAUACCGUCGUGUCCCAGUCGGGCCGCGGGGAACCCCGCUUUAUCGCCGUGGGCUACGUGGACGACACGCAGAUCGCCUGGUUCGACAGCGACUCGGCGAGUCAGAGGGUGGAGCCGCGGGCGGCCUGGUGGACCGCGGCCGACACAGCAGCCCAGAUCUCCCAGCGCGAGUGGGAGGUGGCGGAUAGGGCUCAGCACUUCAGGGCCUACCUGGACUGGAUAUGCGUGCCUGGUCUCCGCACAUACCUGGAGAACGGGAAGGAGACGCUGCAGCGCGCAGAACCACCAAAGGCACACGUGACCCACCACCCCACCUCUGACCGUGAGGCCACCCUAAGGUGCUGGGCCCUGGGCUUCUACCCUGCGGAGAUCUCCCUGACCUGGCAGCGGGAUGGGGAGGACCAGACCCAGGACAUGGAGCUGGUGGAGACCAGGCCUGCAGGGGACGGAACCUUCCAGAAGUGGGCGGCCGUGGUGGUGCCUUCUGGAGAGGAGCAGAGAUACACGUGCCACGUGCAGCACGAGGGGCUGCCUGAGCCCCUCACCCUGAGAUGGGAGCCGCGUCCUCAGUCACCCAUUCUCAUCGUGGGAAUCAUCGCUGGCCUGGUUCUCCUUGGAGUUCUGGUCACAGGAGCCAUUGUGAUCUGGAGGAGGAGCUCAGGAAGAAACUAUGGUCAGGCUGCCUGCAGCGACAGUGUCCAGGGCGCUGAUGUGUCUCUCACAGCUCCUAAGGUGUGAGACAGCAGCCUUGUGAGAACAGAGUGACCUGGGAUUGCUCAGUCUCUGUACCCACCACUGUGACAUCAGGAGCCCCGGCUGCUCUUCCUGCAACUGAUGUGAACAAGUCUACAUGUCUGUUUUCCUGCAUCCUAAUGAGAGGCAGGACGGGACGUCUCUCCCCCAUCUCCCCUUUGUGUUGCACUGAGCUGCAGCUUCCUUCUUCCUUAUUGAAAAUAAGAAUUUGGAUAUUG